AUUUUAAUUUUCCGAUUUCCAUCUUGAUUCUCGAGGGUCAUUCUCGUAACUGAAUCCAGUUCGUGAUUGCUUGAAUUCCUACUCCCAGUCGGAGGAGGAAACCUCUAUAAUGUCGGACGGAAGAUGAUUUUGAUUCAUAAAACCCUAAGGCCUUCAAAUUUGUACGAGUUCGAGCUAUUUAUCGUCCGAAUUGAGGUACUAUCGCUGCAUUUAUGACAUAAUUUGUUGAAGAAUCUCAAAUUUGAUUGUGUGAAACUUCGAUUUCCGCGUACCGAGAUCCGACGCAGCUCUUACUCGAUGGUUCCUUCUAAUUCCUUUGUUGUCGAGUCUUUCUCUCCUCCUCCGUUCUCCGAUGGCGGCGACUCUGCGACUGAUUUUACUUCGUGGUACGGUAACAUCCAAUACUUGCUGAAUAUCUCGAUAAUUGGCGCCUCCUUCUGCCUCUUCAUCUUUCUCUUCGUGAAGCUUCGGAGCGACCACCGUCGAAUUCCUGGACCUUCUGGAUUGGUUACCAAGCUCCUUGCCGUGUGGCACGCGACGUGCCGGGAUAUUGCGCGCCAUUGUGGAGCCGAUGCCGCGCAAUUUCUUUUGAUCGAAGGGGGGAGCUGUGCGGUGUUACUAUCAAUUGCGGUUUUCUCGGUUUCAGUGUUGCUCCCGCUCAAUCUCUAUGGUGGAAAGGCUGUAUUGAACGAUCAAUUCUCGAAGACGACGAUCAAUCACAUUGAGAAAGGUUCAGUUUUACUUUGGGUGCAUUUUGCUUUUGUGGUUGUUGUUGUUGUUUUUGUGCACUUUGGUAUUUCUGCAAUUGAAAAGAGGUUAAAGAUAACAAGAUUUAGAGAUGGGAAUGGGAACUUAAGUGAUCCUAGUGCCGAUUCCACUGCCAUUUUUACUAUAAUGGUGCAAGGGAUUCCCAAAACUUUAGAGGUUGAUAGGGAUGCGAUAUUAGAGUAUUUCCAGCAUAAGUAUCCUGGCAAGGUUUAUAGGGUCAUAAUGCCUAUGGAUUUAUGCGCAUUGGAUGAUUUGGCCACAGAAUUAGUCAAGGUUAGAGAUGAAAUAUCGCGGUUGGUAGCACAGAUGCACUCUCGUCUUGUAGCUGAUGAAGAUGAAGACAAUGAAAGCAGAGGUGAUUGUUUGAAGGUUUUCUUUGGUUGGAUGCGUUACAUUUGGAGGAAAGUAAAAGACUUGUGGGGUCAGAUAAUAGGUAAAUUUGGUUAUACAAAUGAGGAGAGGCUAAGGCGGCUGCAAGAAUCGAGAGCCAAUUUGGAGACCGAACUGGCUGCUUACAAGGAAGGGCGCGCACCUGGAGCUGGGGUUGCUUUUGUUAUGUUCAAGGAUAUCUAUGCUACCAAUAAAGCAGUAAUGGAUUUCCGAAAUGAAAAGAAGAGACGAAUUGGGAAGUUCUUUUCUGUCAUAGAGUUACGGCUUCAAAGAAACCAAUGGAAAGUUGAUCGUGCACCCUUGGCGACUGAUAUUUAUUGGAAUCAUUUGGGAUCAACAAAACUCUCACUGAAACUUAGGAGAUUAUUUGUGAACACAUGCUUACUGUUAAUGCUUUUAUUCUUUAGCUCUCCUCUUGCUGUGAUUACUGCUGUAAAGAGUGCUGGGAGAAUCAUCAAUGCUGAAGUGAUGGAUAACGCCCAGUCAUGGUUGGAUUGGGUGCAAAGUUCUAGCUGGCUGGGCAGUCUUAUCUUUCAGUUCCUGCCCAAUGUUAUUAUUUUUGUGAGUAUGUAUAUAAUAAUCCCAUCUGCUCUCUCUUAUCUUUCGAAGUUUGAACGACAUCUAACUGUAUCCGGGGAGCAGAGAGCUGCACUUCUCAAGAUGGUUUGCUUUUUCCUAGUAAACCUCAUCCUUCUGAGAGCCUUGGUUGAGUCAUCUUUAGAGAGCGCGAUCCUUGGGAUGGGACAAUGCUAUUUGGAUAGUGAAGAUUGCAAGAGAAUUGAGCAGUACAUGAGUACAUCAUUCCUUUCCAGAUCAUGCCUUUCCUCGGUUGCUUUUUUGAUCACCAGCACUUUCUUGGGCAUAUCUUUUGAUUUAUUGGCUCCAAUACCAUGGAUAAAGAAGAAGAUACGAAAGUUUCGGAAAAACGACAUGCUGCAGCUGGUUCCUGAACAAAGUGAAGAAUACCCUUUUGAGUACCAGGAAAUAGAUAGUCUUGAGAGAUCAUUACUACAGGAUAACUCCCCUAGACUGAUUGAUAUGGAUAUGAGGGGGCAAGAUCUUUCUGUAUAUCCCGUCAAUAUAACCUCAACUGCACCGAAACAGAAGUUCGAUUUUGCGCAAUAUUACGCAUUUAAUUUGACAAUAUUUGCCCUCACCAUGAUAUAUUCUUCGUUUGCUCCACUGGUGGUCCCGAUUGGCGCAGCGUAUUUCGGAUACAGAUAUGUCGUCGACAAGUAUAACUUUCUAUUUGUGUAUAGAGUUGGUGGCUUCCCUGCUGGCAACGACGGAAGGUUGAUGGAUACCGUUCUGGGGAUCAUGCGGUUCUGCGUCGAUCUAUUCCUGCUCUCGAUGCUCUUAUUCUUCUCGGUAAAUGGAGACUCGACAAAGCUGCAAGCGAUUUUCACACUUGGGUUGCUGGUAAUGUACAAACUGUUACCUUAUGACGACGGGUUUCAACGGACACUCUUGGAGGGCAUUCAAACAGUUGAUUCAGUUGUAGACGGGCCGAUCGAUUAUGAGGUAUUUUCUCAGCCUAGAUUUGACUGGGACACAUAUCAGCCAUGAUUUCUGGGUUUGGCAUGAAAUCACACGUUAGUUGAAUUGUGUAUCUUGGCACUGUAAGUAUAAUAGCUGAGGAACCUCAUUCAUUCUCUGACAGUUACAUGUAAUGUAAAAUAUAGAAUUUCUGGUGCAAUUGAUUUUUGUUCUCCCUC